UUCGUGAAAAGGCGCCUGAUCGCCCGAGUGUGUGCGCCGAGGCAUCGCCACGUCGUUGUCGUCGGGGUUGGUGCUUGUACAGUUCGCGCUCGCUUCGCGUCGUCGCCAUCCCACAACGGAACCGCACCGCCCCCACAAACUUUUCCGACUGGUCGGACAGCAUGGGCAGUGGUGCAAGCAGUCUCCAGCGGCGCGGGAGCACGACCGGCAAGGGUGGCGGGAAAGCGCCAUCGAAAAUGACAGGCCGCGGUGUACCCGCGCCCCUCGUGGCCGCCAACACGCAGUGGAAGAUGGUGCCCCAAACGAUCUCUCGAGACAAGUCGCUCAAGUCGCUCGACGAAGCCGAACUCAACAACAUGCUCAACGACCCCGUGGGCCAAAAACACAUUGGGAACUACGCCAAGAAAAUCCUCACGUCCGAAUCGUUUUACUGCUGGAUCGAGAUCCUCGAGUUUCGCGACGCGCCGUCGUCGGGGUACCAGCGCAGCGUUGCCAAACACAUUUACAAAAAGUACAUUCGCGAGGGCGCGUCCAUGGCGCUGGGCGGCCUCACGCGCGAGAUGGUCGCCGACUACGACCAAAAACUUGCAGUCAUCGACACGGCCCUGAUCAACCAAGACUUUUUCGCGCCCAUCCAAAAGCUGUGCUUUGACGACAUGUGCCGCAACACGUACCACCGGUUCAAGUCGUCGCCCGAGUUUGACUUGUACAAACUCGAGCUCAAGGACACGUACAACAAGGUGACUGUCGACGACUUUGACUACCUCGAGCUUCUCGGGAGCGGGGGGUUUGGCCGCGUGGUCCAUGCCCGGAAAAAGUCCACCGGCAAGCACUAUGCGAUGAAGAUCCAGCUGAAAAAUGGUCUGCUGCACGAACACCAGGAUCAACUCGACCAGAUCACGUCGGAGAAGGACAUUUUGCAGAUUUGCAACCACCCGUACAUCCUCGACAUGCACUACAGUUUCCAGACGUCGGCGCAUGCAAUCAUCGUGACCGAACUUGUCCGUGGUGGCGACCUGAAUGAGCUCAUGAAGACGUCGAAGAAGGGGUACCUGCCGGAAGGCCGCGUGCGGCUGUACGCGGCCGAGAUUGCGCUCGCACUCAACCAUUUGCACGAACUCGGGCUCAUCUACCGCGACUUGAAGCCGUGCAAUGUGCUGCUCGGGGAAGAUGGGCACAUCGUGCUCGCCGACAUGGGGCUGGCCACGGGACUGGAAGAGAUUCGAGCAAAGAAGCGGGAAAAGGAGCGGCUGGCGGCAAACGAGUCGAAGGACACGGAAGAAGCGCCGGCAUCGUCGCGGCAGCUCACAGACGCCGAAGAACAGAAGCGGCGUGACGAAGAAAACGCCGCGCCAUCCACAAAUAGCCAGCUACAGAACAUCCCCAAGUCGUUUGCACGCCCACCCGAUGCCAAAUACACACGCCGCAAGACGACGGUCGGGACGAAAGGAUACAUGGCCCCCGAGCUCAUCUCUGGCAAGCUCUUGCGACGGGAGGAGCGGCCAGGGUACAAUUACACGAUAGACUACUGGUCGCUCGGCGUCACCGUGUACGAACUCGUGUGUGGCUACCAACCGUUCAACUUGUACAACGUGCUGGGCGAUGGGUUUCUGGCCGAGAUCGCGCAGGAAGUCGAAGUCGCCAAGUUGAGCCCGCGGUCGCAGUACCGCGCCGAACUGGAGCGGAUGGCGGCCGGCGUCGACUACCCCGAAUACGUGUCUGAGGACGUUCGCGACUUUAUCAACAAGCUGCUCGACGUGAACGCAUCGUCGCGCAUGGGGUGCACAGCGCGGGGCUUUCUCGACAUCAUGGAGCACCCGUACUUUAAGGACUUGGACUGGGAGCGGCUCAUGGUCAAGCAUGUCCAGCCCGAGUUUACGCCAACGGUCAAGCCCCUCACGGACCGCAAGACGUACUCGAACUUUUGGAACAUGAUGGCGCACUUCGACGCGCGAGACAAGCAUUUUAUCCGACAUGACUGGUACCAAGACCCGCCGCCCGAGAAGCAAAAGGCGUUUGAGCACUGGGAUUACAUCUCGCCGCACACGCUCAAGGCCGAGCUCGGGAUUGCUGCGGAAAUGGACGAAUCCAAUCGACCGUACAAGAUCCUUCAGCUCACAGGCGAGACAGCAGGGUAAUUGUCGUGCGCAUCGACCAAUAGAGCGACAAAACCCAUGGCGCGCCGUCGUCCGGCGGCUAAGAUUGCAGCUCAGAGUGCUGAAUAGAGUUGCUGUGUGUUUGUACAGAGCCUUGUUUGGCGUCCA